AUGCCCUGUCAACCCAAAUUCAGCAUCUGGCCUUCUGUACCUGUGGCCACUAACGCGAUCUUCCUUCUGCUGACCCCUAUCGCUGCCGGGUCUGGGCUACGGAGCCCUCUUGUGGGCUUCAUCGCUGCUUCCGGUUACCCAGAUGAUCCACUGGUCACGCAACAGUCAGCCGAGAAGAAAGCCGGAACGCCCGCUUUGAUGGGAUUUAGCUUGAGCUAUUGA